GCGAUAAGGGGGAAGUAAAAAAAAAACUACCACAGCGUGACAACAAAGAGGCUGUGAAUCAAAGGCAAACCCAGGAACAGUAAGCCGCGAGUCCGUACGGUCCUGCUGUUUGCCCCGUCACUCUUUGGUCUGUCUGUGCCGCCUGAGGGGAGGUUUACGCAGCCCAUCAUGGGGGUGAGGAAGCUGCCUCUGGUCGCUCUCUUCUGCCUUGUUUUGGCAAUGUUGCCCUCUCACACAGUGUCUGUAGCUGUAAUGUCGGUGGACCUGGGCAGUGAAUGGAUGAAAGUGGCGUUAGUAAAACCUGGUGUGCCAAUGGAGAUUGUUCUCAACAAGGAGUCACGGAGGAAAACACCCAUAGCUGUAUGUCUAAAAGAAAAUGAAAGACUUUUUGGAGACAAUGCACUUGGAGUGUCCGUGAAGAACCCCAAAACAGUUUAUCGACACCUCCAAAGCCUACUGGGCAAAAAGCACGAGAACCUACAGGUGGCGCUCUACCAGAAACGCUUUCCCGAGCACCAGCUGCAGAAGGACCCUGUCAGAGGCACGACUUACUUUAAAAACUCAGAAGAGAUACAGUUCUCACCGGAGGAGCUCCUUGGGAUGGUGCUCAAUUAUUCUUGUGGCCUUGCUCAAGAUUUUGCAGAACAACCAAUCAAAGAUGCAGUGAUCACCGUCCCGUCCUUUUUCAACCAGGCCGAGCGCAGGGCAGUCUUGCAGGCUGCACAGGUGGCAGGUCUAAAGGUCCUUCAGCUCAUCAAUGACAACACAGCCGUGGCCUUGAACUACGGGGUCUUUAGGAGGAAAGAUAUCAAUAACACAGCUAAGAAUGUGAUGUUUUAUGACAUGGGCUCAGGCAGCACCACAGCCACCAUUGUCACCUAUCAGACGGUCAAAACCAAGGAUUCUGGCACCCAGCCCCAGCUACAGAUCCGAGGUAUCGGGUUUGACCGUGGGUUGGGUGGAUUUGAAAUGGACCUGCGUCUCCGGGACCAUCUGGCCAAACUGUUUAACGCCCAGAAGAAGAGCAAGAAAGACGUGAUGGAGAAUCACAGGGCCAUGGCUAAACUCCUCAAGGAAGCCCAGAGGCUCAAGACUGUCCUCAGUGCAAAUAUGGAGUUCAUGGCUCAGGUGGAAGGUUUGAUGGAUGACAUUGACUUCAAAUCCAAGGUGACCAGGUCUGACUUUGAGGAGCUGUGUUCUGAUCUCUUUGAAAGAGUGCCUCGGCCUGUGCAGGAUGCGCUCGCUGUUGCAGAGAUGAACCUGGAUGAAAUAGAGCAGGUGAUUUUAGUCGGCGGCGCCACCCGCGUCCCCAAAGUUCAGGAAGUGCUGCUCAAAGCUGUCGGGAAAGAAGAGCUGGGGAAGAACAUUAAUGCUGAUGAAGCUGCAGCCAUGGGCGCUGUGUACCAGGCCGCUGCUCUCAGCAAGGCCUUCAAGGUCAAACCUUUCAUCGUCCGAGAUGCGGCUGUCUUCCCCAUUCAGGUGGAGUUCACCCGUGAGAUGGAGGAGGACGGGGUCAAAUCGUUGAAGCACAAUAAACGUAUCCUCUUCCAGAGGAUGGCACCCUACCCCCAGCGCAAGGUCAUAACAUUCAACCGCUACAGUGACGACUUUUCUUUCUACAUCAACUACGGCGACCUCAGCUUCCUGAGUCAGGAGGAUCUCAGUGUGUUUGGCUCUCCGAACCUGACCACGGUCAAACUGUCUGGAGUGGGCAGCAGCUUUCAGAAACAUCUGGACGCCGAGUCCAAGGGCAUCAAAGCGCAUUUCAACAUGGAUGAAAGUGGUGUACUCCUGCUGGACCGGGUGGAGUCUGUCUUUGAAACAGUUGUGGAGGAGAAGGAGGAGGAAUCAACUUUAACGAAACUGGGUAACACAAUUUCCACCUUGUUUGGAGGAGGAUCCUCAGAACCAGCGCCAAAUGUGACUGAACCUGUGCAGGACGAGGAGGAAGUGCCUCCAGAGUCGGGAAAGGACGACAAGAGCGAGGCCGAUAAGGAGAAGCAGGGCGAGGAGGAGAAAACCGAAAAGACUGAAGAGAAAAGCAAGGAGCAGACGGACGAGGCAGGCGCCAAGACUGAUGCCAAAGAGGAAAAGGAUGGAGAGAAAUCUGAGAACGCCGAGCCGGAAAAGGAUGCAGAGAAGACGGAAAAGCCUCAGAAAAAAUCAAAGAUUUCCGAAGACAUCACAGUGGACCUGAUCAUCAACGACAUCUUCAAUCCCACUCCAGAUGACAUCUCUUCCUCUAAAAAGAAGCUGCAGGAUUUGACAGACAGAGACUUGGCCAAGCACGAAAGAGAAAAGGCACUCAACACCCUGGAAGCUUUCAUCUUCGAGACACAGGACAAGCUGUACCAGGACGAUUACCAGGUUGUGGUGUCGGAGGAGGAGAAGGAGAAGAUCUCGGAUACGCUGAGGGAGGCGUCGGAGUGGAUGGACGAGGAGGGUUACACGGCCACCACCAAGCAGCUGAGAGAGAGGCUGUCUCAGCUGAGGAGCCUGUGCAAGGACAUGUUCUUCAGGGUGGAGGAGCGGGCUAAGAUGCCGGAGCGCCUGGCCGCUCUGGAAAGCAUGCUCAACACCUCCAGCUUCUUCCUGAGGACUGCGAAGCUGAUUCCAGGGGACGACCAGAUCUUCACGGAAGUUGAGCUGAGUAUGUUGGAGAAAGUCAUCAAUGAAACAAUGACGUGGAAGAACGAGACGGUCGCUGAGCAGGGUAAACGCUCUCCCAAGGAGCGACCGGUUUUGCUGUCCAAGGACAUCGAGUCCAAGCUGGCGCUGCUGGACCGGGAGGUCAACUACUUGCUCAACAAAGCCAAGUUUGCAAAGCCCAAGGUUAAACCUAAGCCUAAGAACAGCACAAGUUCCGAGAAGAGCAGCCAGACCAACGACACCAAAGAAGAGAAAGUCAUCCCUCCCACCGAGGAGAGCACGGACGCCAAGAGCGAAACUGCAGAGGAGGUGCACCCAGGAGAGGCCCCGCCCACUGAUGAAAGCACGGUAGACUCAGACGCCGACAGCCAAUCACAGCCCACAGAAGAAACCACAACCACAGGAGAAGCACAGGAGAAGGCCCAACCUGAGAAACACAUAGAGGAUGAAUUAUAACAGCUGGAACUGGGGGGGAAAAUCACUAUAUUUAUUGACAGUGUAUAAAUGUUCAACUUCAAGAUCAUGUUGUUGUUUUUCCUAAUUUUUUUUGUGUCCCUUUUUUUUUUUUCAACUAAAUGGAUGAUUACCGGAGAACGCGCUCAUCUCUUUAUCCCUUUUAAUGGAUUCUGUACAGUGGACACUUCCAGCAGCCUGUGAAGAAGCAGUGUAAAAUAAUGAAGCCCGCAGACUGUGCGUCCUGUGAUGAUGCACAGUCCUGACAGAGCUCCCCCUCACGCCCAUCCUCGUGCAGAAGAGAUGUCGGAGGAUGAGUGCGCGGCUGUAACACAUUUCACUUCCUGUCCCCUGUACUGUAUCCCCCUUCAUUUUUUGCGAGGUUAGCGUUUUGUCCUGUCCUUACCUUUCACCCACUUUUCAAGGCAACUGAUAAAGUGCGCUAGUGUCCUUUUGGAAACUCUCUCUCUCCCCCCCCCCCCCCCACCCAAAGAAAAAUGUAUUUUGACAUAAAUUAUUUGGAAAUUUGUAGAAAACGGACAAAGUGGACGCAAACUUUUUGCAAAACUGUAUUGUAAGUAGAGUAGAAGUGGUUAAUUUCAACGGAAAAUGUUGUUAAUCAGAUUAAUCAUGGCUCGACUCAAUAUCCUUGGACUAUCUCCUGACACAAUAACGGUAAUGUUACAGUCGGUUUAUGCCUUUUCUAAACAAAAACUGAGCCUUUAAUAAUUAUCUAUCUAUCUCUAAUUAUCUAGCCCACAACUUGACUGAAAUGCUGCUGCUGCUUUUGUUUAGAUGUUUUACAAAUCAAUUAUAGCUGCUUUUCUUUUUAACGAUCCACCUGACAACAUUUACAUCAUAGUUAGGGUUUACAUAUUGUGACCAGUAUCAUCCUGAUGCUGACACAGUAUGGGAUUGGUUAAUCCCUGGUAAAUCUAAGUAAUAAUUGAGGAGGCAGCAUUGUAGUAAAAUAUAAGAAUUGUAAUUACUCAGUGGGCUGUUGGUGUCUGCGAAAUUAGACUGAAUUCUACUCAAAAAUGUUAACUGGAGAAGUGGGAGAUCUCGACAUUGUAUAUACAAAGCGCACAGAAGGUAGAAUAACCUGGUUUAUAAAGAGAAAUACUGACUUUUUUGCCCUUCAGAGAGAAGUCACUUUCAAUUAUUUCACUUGAGCUUAACUGGUGGGGGUUGCGUAACCUUUUCUUUUUUUUUUUCCACUAAUUAUUGACUGUGGCGUCUCAAAAAUAAUGAAAUACAAUGCAGAAAUGCCAAAUAAGGAUGAUGUAGAAAUUUGAAAUUCACUUGGACGAACCAAAAUAAGUUUUCCUCAUAAUGCCCGUUCAAAUUUCUUGAUAAUGUCUUUCAAUGACAGCAAACUGCUUUCAUUCAAGUGUCACUGACAACCAAACUUGACAGAAAAGGUGACGUCUCAUUUACAGCUCUUUACCUCAACACACCCUGCACUUCGGGAUCUCGCACCAGACGUUGGCGCCGCGUUCUCCAUCAGAACGGGACGUGUGGGUGGAGUGAGUGCCUCCGUUGUUUGCAGCACUCUGUAUUGUUGAAAUGGAAGACACACGGUGUGUUUCUCAACUGUUCAUAAUAAUAAAAGAAAACUUUUAAAUUC